AUAGAUUUGCCAAUUAUAUUUCCAGUGUUAAAAUGGAUGACUUUGAAUACGAUGCCUUUGUGAUAUACAGUCCUUACGGAGAGGAUCAGCGAUUUGUUGACCUUAUGACCCGAGUGCUCACGUCCCCGCCCUAUAACCUCAGACUCUAUGUACCCUGGUCUGAUACCACGGAGGAAUCUCUAGAAGCAGUGGCCACAGCAGAAAGUAUAGAAAAGAGAUGUAAAAAGGUACUAGUUGUGAUAUCAGCUGCUUCGCUAGAGAGCGAUUUAUUCCAUUUUCAUCUUAAAGUCGCCCAUUCUAUGUCACCAGGUGCCCGUAGAAGAAAAGUUAUACCUAUUCGACUGGAUCAAACAGAGGUUCCAGCUGUGAUUCGAUUCACCACGUCAUGUGACUAUUACAAAAGGGAACUCCGUGUGUUCGUUUGGGACAGACUCAACGCUGCCUUCACGGACAGUGAUUACACAUAUCAAUCAAGAGUCAGGAAAACAGCAUCACUUCCGGAAAAGAGGAAACUUCCGGACCUGAUUCCAACCUCAUCUCCCUUAAAACGCGUGCAGUCUUGGUGGCGCUUAAAGGUGUCUGUGAUCUAAAAUUUAUGUCCAUUGAUCAUUAAAUUUUAAUUAUUAGGUUGUAGUUUAUUAUCAUAUUAUAUAUACAACUGCUUAAGAAGGAUUGGGAAUCGACAAAGUUCUGUUCUUCAAUCUUUUAAUGGUUAACCUUGCUUUUUAAUGUGUGAGCAUGGCUUGUUUUUUAAUACAUAUCUAUGCACAAUUUAUUCUGUGAUAAUUAAUGUACACAACAUACAGUCAUAAACUUGUAACCUUUGCAAUAUUUAAAUGUUUAAGGGUCUUGUUUCCCUUCACUUUUGCUUGUAUUUCAAUAAAAUUGAAAUUUGUUUUCCAUGUUUUGAAUCACAAAUGACUAUUAUGAAUGACACGAUAUGCUAUCCAAUAUGUCAGAAUUAUACGUAACCUCGGAAACUUUAACGUUAGUUAAGAUGCAUCAUGACUCUUAUAUUUAAUGACUGCAUGUUCUUGGAAUUUUAUCCACAUCCUCAAUAGCCAGUUGUUAACCUAACACCGCGCAUUAGUAAUGUUUUGGUGUAAGCUUGGAUCAAGGAUGUUAAAUAUCCUGAAGUUUUAAUUAGCUUUCAUUAAAUAUAAUUAUAGUACUUAUUUACGAUGAAUUAUUCAUCAAUGUAAGUAAAAGUUUAAAAUGAUUAAUGCUUUUUUAUCUAAUAGCUACUAAGAACCGUCAAAUGGCCUGCCAGAAUUAGUGAUGACUCAAGAGAUUCACAAAUGAUAUUUUUUUAAUUAAUUGUAAGCUCUUUUAGAACACGAAAUAUAUUAAAUUGAUGAGCCAUCAAUAGGUUUAUUGCCAAUUUCCUUCUACUUCUGUGUCUUUCUAUGGUUGAAAGCGUUAAUGAAAAGGGACUGAGCAGGCAAAACUAUGUUUU